UUUCAUAAUUAUAUUGAAACAAAGGUGUACUAUAUUCACACCGACUCCAAAAUUUUAUUCUAAAUAAUGCAAGGUCGUCAAUUAAUGCCGACCGCAAAUCUUAUUUAAAACGCUUUGCAGGUAAAUAUAAAAUUGGAAAAAACUAAUACUAAAAACAGCAUGCGUAUCCACGGCAGUCGCGUUUCGAUUCGGAAACCGAACAUGAUGAACGAAAACGAGCACUCCAAAAUCGUCUUAGACCCGAGAAACCCGGUUUGCUGAAUGGCCACACUGCCGGUGACUUGUAUUACAGGUGAGAUAUCUCACCCAAAACCGGUGACUUUACACGGUUGGUGUUGAGUGAGUGAGAUUUGUCACAUUUUGCGUGAGUGGAUUUGUUGAUUUAUAUAGAUACCUUGAGUGUUUUAUAGACAGAAUUACAUUUAAUUGCAUCAAGUGAGAGUAUAUAAAGUAAGAGUUUAUAGGUUAUAAAUAUACUCGUGGGGUAUAAAAUAAAUGUGCUUUAGAUUAGUUUGACGUGGGUUUGGGUUGAAUGUUUUGUAUAAAAUAAUAAUAGUAGCAAUAAAAAUUGUAUAAUACAUAUAUAUAAUAUAUACAUUUUAUACAAUUUUUAAAUCUCGUUUGUGUGUGUAACGUAAGUAGCAAUAGAAAAAUAUUUAAUGGGGAUGUAUAAAAUAAUUCUGUUAUUUAUUAGAUAAUAUAAAAAGGAUGAUUUGAUUAUGUUUAAUAUAAUUGAAGACCUUGGUGAAGAACAUUUAAUUGAUCCUCUACGUCACGUUGGUGACCCCAUUACAGAAUUGAGUGAGGUUCAGUUUAUUAAGUUGUUUCGGGUAUCAAAAAAUAUUUUUCAUAAUAUUGUUGAAACAAUCCAUCCUUUUAUGAAUCCUCAUUCUAAUUCAAAAGGUUUAUCUGUCAAUACUCGUGAACUUGCAGCUUUACGUUUUUAUGCCUCAGGUAGUUAUCAAGCAGAUAUUGGAUGCAACUGGUUUAUCGAAGUUUCUCAACAAAGCAUUAGUAACUGCCUCCAAGAAGUAACAAAUGCAUUGAAUCAUCCUGAAGUUCUUAACAGAUUUAUAAGAUUUCCCCAAAAUGUUGAGGAGUUAAAUAUUAUUAGAAAAAGUUUUUCUGAAAAAUAUAAUUUCCCAGGAGUCAUAGGAUGCAUUGAUUGCACUCAUGUAGCCAUUUUCCCCCCAAAAAUUGAUGAAUAUGUUUUUGUCAAUAGGAAAGGAUAUCAUUCCAUUAAUGUUCAAUUAAUAUGUGGGGCAAAUCUAGAAAUUUUAAAUGUUAUUGCCAAGUAUCCUGGCAGUUCACAUGAUUCAUUUAUAUGGAAUAACGGUGAUAUUCAGAAUGUAUUUAGAAAUAUCCAUCAGGCUGGAAUGAAUGGAUAUUAUUUAUUAGGUGAUUCUGGAUACCCUUUAAGGCCUUGGCUUAUGACUCCUUUGGAACAUGAACCUGCUGUGAAUACUCCAGAAUAUCACUAUAAUAAAGCCCAUAAGAGGGUUCGUAGCAUUAUAGAAAGAUGUAAUGGAUUAUUUAAAGCAAGGUUUAGAUGUUGUCGGAAGGAUCGAGUUUUUCAUUAUGCACCUGAAAUGGCCUGCAAAAUUAUAAAUGCAUGUGUUGUUUUACACAACAUUUGUAUUAAAAAUAAUUUGAUUUUGCCAGAAUAUGAAAAUGAAGAUGAUGGCUUAUUUGACAAUUUAUUAGAAAUAGGAGGAAUAAAUCCUGAAUUGGCAGCUGGUAAAGCAACCUGUAACCGCUUAAUCACAGCUCGAUUUCAAACAAAUUAAAGAGCAUCGAUGGGUCAAGUGUAUUGAACUAAAAGGUAAAAUAAAAAAGUUUAUAAGAAACUUGAAUUUUCAGUUGCACCCCAAGGAUUUCACAAAAAUUAAAUGUAAAUAAAAUAAUAAACUAUGCUUGUGUAACAAAAAUUAAUCAAUAAAAUAAAAAAAAAGAAAAUUCUGAAAAUAAAUUUUAACAAAAAUAAUAA